GCCACUCCAUCACACCUGAGAUACAGGGCAACUGCAAAUGGACUAAAGAUCCUCUUUACAACAGAAGAAUAAUGCCAUUGAGAUGCUCAACAGUGCUGAGGGUUAUAAGCACCACCGUCUUUGCGUUGGCUGUCCUGCUGGGAAUCCUGGCGGCCUACAUCACCGGCUACCAGUUCAUCCACACAGAGCAGCACUACCUCUCCUUCGGACUGUAUGGGGCCAUCCUGGCCCUCCACCUCUUCUUCCAGAGCCUCUUUGCUUUCCUGGAGCACCAGAAGAUGAAGAAGGAGGCCAAAAAAGAGACCCUGAGUAAGACAGUGGCCCUAUGCAUCGCUGCCUUCCAGGAAGACCCUGACUACCUGAAGAAAUGCCUGCGGUCUGUCAAGAGGAUCUCCUUCCCUAACCUCAAGGUGGUCAUGGUGGUGGAUGGAAACAACCCAGAUGACAUGUACAUGAUGGAGAUCUUUAACGAGGUCAUGGGAUCUGAGUUGACGGGCACCUGCGUGUGGAAGGGUAAUUACCACAUGGCCCCCGAGGGAGAGAAGGACUACACCCUGGAGGAGGGCUCCAGACGGGUGACUGAGGUUGUGAGGAACUGCAAGUACUCCUGUGUCAUGCAGCAGUGGGGCGGAAAAAGGGAGGUCAUGUACACGGCCUUCAAAGCGCUUGGGGACUCGAUGGAUUAUAUGCAGGUGUGUGACUCGGACACUGUCCUGGAUCCUGCUUGUACUAUGGAACUGCUGAAAAUCAUUGAGCAGGAUCCCAGAGUCGGAGCAGUUGGAGGGGACGUGCAGAUCCUGAAUAAGUACGAUUCAUGGAUCUCUUUCCUGAGCAGCGUGCGCUACUGGAUGGCCUUCAAUGUGGAGAGGGCCUGCCAGUCCUACUUCGGCUGUGUCCAGUGCAUCAGUGGGCCCCUGGGCAUGUACCGCAACUCCCUCUUGCAGCAAUUCUUGGAAGACUGGUACAACCAGACCUUCUUGGGCAGCAAGUGCAGCUUUGGGGACGACCGCCACCUUACCAACCGGGUCCUGAGCCUGGGCUACAAGACCAAAUUCACUGCCAGGUCCACGUGCCAGACUGAAACGCCUACCAAGUACCUCCGGUGGCUCAACCAGCAGACACGUUGGAGCAAGUCCUUCUUCCGUGAGUGGCUCUACAAUGCCCUGUGGUUCCACAAGCACAACCUUUGGAUGACCUACGAGUCUGUGGUUACAGGCUUCUUCCCCUUUUUCCUGAUCGCCACCGUGAUCCACCACUUCUACCGGGGCCGCAUCUGGAACAUCCUGCUCUUCUUUCUCACGGUGCAGCUGGUGGGCAUGAUCAAAGCCACCUACGCCUGCUUCCUCCGGGGGAAUGUGGUCAUGAUCUUCAUGUCUCUUUACUCGCUCCUCUAUAUGUCCAGCCUACUCCCGGCCAAGAUGUUCGCCAUAGCCACCAUCAACAAAGCCAGCUGGGGCACCUCUGGCCGGAAGAAGAUUGUGGUCAACUUCAUCGGCCUCAUCCCCGUCACUGUGUGGUUCACCAUCCUGCUGGGAGGGAUCUCCUACACCAUCUACUGUGAGACUCAAGACCCUUUCAGUGAGACUGAGAUAGCUUUCCUGAUCGCUGGGGCCGUCUUAUACGGCAGUUACUGGAUCAUACUCCUCAUCCUCUACCUGGCCAUUGUGGCCAAACGGUGCAGCAAGAGAGAGGAGCAGUACAACCUGGCAUACGCUGAGGCCUAAACACUCUGGUGCUACAUCUACAUCAACCUUAACUGGGCAAUGAAGUAAACUAUUUUCAGUCUUAAAGCACAUUUUAGGGGUACAACCCCUGGCCACUUCUCACUCAAAGACCACAGCACUUACACUGAGAGAAAAGCAGCGUGGUUUCUGUAUGCUGCAAAGGUACUAAGACUGAGUGGGGAAAACAGGUUCUGAAGGGUCCCAGGUAGAUUUCCAGCAGAUUUCCAGCAGUGCCAACUUAUUUUCUACCUGUUGCUACUGGAUGCAAUGUAUUCAAUUAAGACUGAUAGAGGUAAGAACAAAGUGUUGGGCUCAUUUAUUGUUAAAUCUUAAUCAGGUAUUAAAAUAGCUAAGAGGUCGAUUUGAAUCCCUAUGUUGCCUUACAUUUAUUCAAAGCAAGGUGUCUCUUGCCAACUUCUAAAAUUGAUUUUCUUUACACUACAUCCAGGGAUAUUUUGGAGGCACACUUACAAAUACGUACAUCAGAUCUACAUUUUUAGAUGCAUCUAAAGAUCACCAAGGCGUGAUGAAACUUAGCAUGGCUAUUUGUUAGCAGUAACGUUCGUUAGUCCCUGAGAGUACGAAAAUCUAAGUCAUGACGACCAACUUAUUCAUGGAUUCUGGUUUGUGAUUAGUUGAGCUGAAGACUAGUAAAAGCUCAAUAUCUUUGGAUGGACACAACAAACAUGUAUUUUACUCAAACAAAUACAGCUGUAACAAUCAUAAAUUCCGUAGACAAAUAUCUAAACGCCAAGCAGACAAACAUUUCGGCCAAUCUUUUUCUUGUAAAUUAGACCACAUUCCAGUACAUACUUUUCCUGGUUCUAUUUUAUUUUAAAAAAUCCACUUAGGUGGGUUUUUUUUAAUUUUAUUUUAUUUUACAAUGAUUCCGUGUACCAGUUUAGUGAACUAUAAAGGCAACUCAAAAUACUCACACAUAACUAACUACACAAUCUAUGCAUACAAAUGAAUUAAUGAAAUGCACUGUAUACUUUAAAACAUUUUAUUAUGAACUGAUCAUUUUGAGUGCACAUCAAAACCCUUGUUCACCAAGUCUGCACUUUGUGCCAAUAACAGAGUGCAGGGCAAUAAUUUUGUGAGGCAAGACCUCAAUUACCCGUGCAACCCAUGCAUCAAACACGACAGUACCAGCUGGUUCCAGCACAGACUCACACUGGUGAAUCCUUUUCAUAAGUAGUCCAAUAUUGCAUUUAAAGAUUUCAUAAACAAUAUGAUGCGUUUUUGAUGUUUUUCUACUCUGAACUUUUCUAUUUAUUUCUUUAAACAAAACAGCUGAUCUUUUGUAAUUUAUGAAUAUCUCAGUCAUUGAGCCUUUAUUAACAACUUGAAAUGCAUUGAAAGCAAGACUUUUUGUUUGUUUUUUAUUUAAUUUUGUAAUUUAAAUAUUCUGUUUCUGUAAGAGUUACAACCAAAGAAAAUAAAUUUCCAAGUGUUGAGAACCUAUACAAAAUGUGGGUUAAACAAUGUUGAGACUGAUUUGUUUUUAGCCACAUUGUCUGAAUUUGUUGCACAUCUUUAUUAAACUUCAAUUUAGGUCAAGGACAAGCAAGAUGUUUGCAAUGCCAGAAGUGUGUGCUUUGUGAACCUGGAAAAGCAAUCUGAAUUUCACUGUGAGAAGUGUAAAGCAGUUUAAUGCACUGUGCAUUGGUCAGUCUGUUAAAUGAUGCUCAUUUGCUGCUUUUGAAAGUCAAUGUGGGGUUACAAUUUGGCUGCAGGUGCUCCGGUACAGUUUGGGUCAGUUAGGUUUUUUUUUUUUUUUUACUAGCAACCCAAUGCACUGAGGUACCCUUUUCAGCACUACAAGCACCACAGCAUCGUAUUGCAGGCAAGUUAAAAACAGAAACUGUCAAAAAUUGUUACAGUAACCUUGAGCCAUUGUGGUCACCUAAAUGUGAUCAGAAUGUCUUUAGAUGUGGAUUGCACUGGCCUGAGGUAGUUAUUUAGGGAUAGAUACGGCUAUGGAUUAUCUAAGCAGUUUUCACUUCAUUAAGUGAUGUAGAUAAUGGAGUAUAUUUUAAUGAUCUUAACAGUUCUAAAACACGUUUUAUUGUCAACUUUAUUCCAUUGUAUUUCUUAUUGCAAAACUAAUGCUAAUGAAUAAUGUCAUAAAUCUUACCUUCCAUUUUUUCAAUCCCAUACCCCUCGACUUACAAAGAUAUUUCUAAGUAAUUUGUCAUCUGUUCACUUGUUUUCUUCAGUAAGGAACCACUUGUUAUUUUAAAGUUUAUUUUUUUAUAUAAAAUCUGUGAUAUUUUAGUGUUAAUUCAAGACAUAUUAAUACAAUGAAUCUCAGUAUUCAAGCGUUUAAUCCAAACAAAAUACAUCCCAAAUGUUUUCAGUCCAAGUUGAUAGAACAGGUCACCAGCUCAGUCUGCAAUUCUACAUGCACAUUGUAAUGUGUGUCUUUCUAAUGCAUUACAAGAAAUGGCCUUCACUUAUACUGUAUAUGUAGCAGUGCUUAGACUGAUGUAUUAGUGAGCUGUAAGAUCGUACACAUUUCAAAAGGGAUAGCCACUGGCCUCCGAGGUCAUAUUACUUUAUAGCCUUGUUUAAUUUACAUGUGUUAAAGAGUUAUGAUUUUUGGCUGGUUUUACAGAACUUAUCUUGGUAUACCUUACCUUGGGUAACAUUAGAUAUUCCAAGAUCAGUGCUAAUUGGGGUCUGUGAAACCAGAAAUGAGUGUCUUUGGGGAGAAUCAGUUUCAAUGAACUAAACAAAAGACCUAAAUACAGCCGGCCUUAAACUCUAUUAACCCCACUGGUGUGUGAAUAUAAAACAACUAAACCCAUUGUAAAUAGUUGGAAGAGGUCUGCAUGUACAGUAUUUAGAUUAAUUAAGGUUUAGAUUAAUAAUAUAGACCCUUUGUCUUUUUAGUUUGAAACCAAACAACUAUGCAGCUACUUAUCUAUCUGAAUAUAUAUAUUUUUAUUUUGUAAAUUAUCAACAUAUAUG